AUGUCAGGUGACUGGGCAGAUUUACCCAUCGAUCUCCUUCAUCUGAUUGCAAAUCGCAUUGAAGAUCUUAAAGAUUUCAUUGUUUUUACUUGUGUUUGUACCUCUUGGAAAAAUGCUGCCCCAAAGGAUAAAUUUGAUGUGUUCACUCCCCAAGUUCCCUUGUUAAUGUUAGCUGAUAAAGAUAGCGAUUAUCGACAAUUCUAUUCACUUUCCAAGAAGAAAGUUUCCAGUAUAUUCCUCCCUGAAGCUAGAGGACGACCCUGUUUUCCAUCGGAGGGAUGGCUCUGCACCAUGGAAAAUAAUACCGGAGAGAUGAACCUGUUGCAUCCUUUGUCUCGUACCCAAAUUCAACUUCCUUCGCGAGAAAACUUAAUGGCUUUGAAUGGUCUCGGAGAUGAACAGAUCUGGACCUGCAUAGAAAAAGUUGUUUUAUCUGCCAGUCCAUGUAUGACAUCAGAUUAUGUACUCGUGGUUCACUAUCACGCAAAUAUUAACCAUUUGGCUUUUUGGCGACCUGGUGAUCUCAACUGGACUCAUAUUAAGUGUGGUCGAUUUGGUGCUAUCACGGGUAUAAAUUAUUAUAAGGGUCAUUUUUAUUUUGUAACAUGUAUGGGUCAAUUCUGGGUUUUUGAAGUUGCAGGGCCUACCACUUCCGAACCAAUUGUAGAGCCACGGUUACUUUUUUGGUCUGAAGACAACCAUCUUUCGUCGGCCUUCAGUUCAGUUUUACCUAGUCGAGUUAUCUGAUGCACUGUUGUUUGUGAUACGAUUUGCCCAUUAUUCAGAUGGUCCAAAUGGUGGACAUAAGACUUUUAAAUUUAAAGUUGUUGAAUUAGAUCUGAUCGAAGGUGAAUUAAAGGAGAAGGAGAUUAAAACCUUGGGAGAUUCAGCUUUUUUUUUGGGCUUUAAUACUGGAGCAUGUUGUAUCGACUCCUCUAAAUUUUCCGGAAUCAAGCCUAAUCACAUUUACUUUACGGAUGAUUGGAACGAGGAGUUCU